UGACGUCAGAGCCGGAGCGGGUAAACUGAGCGGCGGCGGCGGGGCGGGGGCGAGACGGCGAGCGGAGCGCGGGGCGGCCAGACGGAGCUCGCGGCGGCGGGGCAGGCAGCGCCCGCGACCCCCAGCCGAGCCCCCAGCCAUGGCCCUGAGCGAGCUGGCGCCGCUGCGCUGGCUGCAGGAGAGUCGCCACUCGCGGAAGCUCAUCCUCUUCAUCGUGUUCCUCGCGCUGCUGCUGGACAACAUGCUGCUCACCGUCGUGGUCCCCAUCAUCCCGAGUUACUUGUACAGCAUCAAGCAUGAGAAGAACGCCACGGAAGUGCAGACCCCCAGGCCGGCGCUCCCGGCCACCACCACCACCACCACGGGCAGCUUCCAGAACAUCUUCUCCUAUUAUGACAACUCCAUCAUGGUCACGGGCAACGGCACCGGAAGCCAUCCAGGUGGGCCACCACCGCCCAGGGCCACCACGCAGCACAUGGUCACUAACCGGUCUGCUGCCCCUUCCGACUGCCCGAGCGAAGACAAAGACCUCCUGAAUGAAAAUGUGCAAGUGGGCCUGCUGUUCGCAUCCAAGGCCACCGUCCAGCUGCUCACCAACCCCUUCGUAGGGCUCCUGACCAACAGAAUCGGCUACCCCAUCCCCAUGUUUGCAGGGUUUUGUAUCAUGUUUGUCUCCACGCUCAUGUUCGCCUUCUCCAGCAGCUACGCCUUCCUGCUCAUCGCCAGGGCACUGCAGGGCAUCGGCUCCUCCUGCUCGUCCGUGGCUGGCAUGGGCAUGCUGGCCAGUGUGUACACAGAUGAUGAAGAGAGAGGCAACGCCAUGGGGGUCGCCCUGGGAGGCCUGGCCAUGGGGGUCCUAGUGGGCCCCCCCUUCGGGAGCGUGCUCUAUGAGUUUGUGGGGAAGACCGCCCCGUUUCUGGUGCUGGCGACGCUGGUGCUCUUGGACGGAGUGAUCCAGCUCCUGGUGCUCCAGCCAUCCCGGGUGCAGCCGGAGAGCCAGAAGGGGACUCCACUCACCACCCUGCUGAGGGACCCCUACAUCCUCAUCGCUGCAGGCUCCAUCUGCUUCGCCAACAUGGGCAUCGCCAUGCUGGAGCCGGCCCUCCCCAUCUGGAUGAUGGAGACCAUGUGUGCCCGCAAGUGGCAGCUGGGCAUCGCUUUCUUGCCGGCGAGUGUCUCUUAUCUCAUUGGAACCAACGUCUUUGGGAUACUCGCGCACAAAAUGGGGAGGUGGCUCUGUGCUCUCCUUGGGAUGAUAAUUGUUGGAAUCAGCAUCUUAUGUGUUCCUUUUGCAAAGAGCAUUUAUGGACUCAUAGCUCCAAACUUCGGUGUGGGGUUUGCAAUUGGGAUGGUGGACUCCUCCAUGAUGCCCAUCAUGGGCUACCUGGUCGACCUACGCCACGUGUCCGUCUACGGCAGUGUGUAUGCCAUUGCCGAUGUGGCCUUUUGUAUGGGCUAUGCCAUAGGUCCUUCCGCCGGUGGUGCGAUUGCCAAGGCAAUUGGAUUUCCAUGGCUCAUGACAAUUAUUGGAAUCAUUGAUAUUCUUUUUGCGCCUCUCUGCUUUUUCCUUCGAAGUCCCCCUGCCAAGGAAGAAAAAAUGGCUAUUCUCAUGGAUCACAACUGUCACAUUAAAACAAAAAUGUAUACUCAGAAUAAUAUCCAGUCGUACCCAAUAGGUGAUGAAGAAGAAUCUGAAAGUGACUGAAACCCUAAAAAAUUCAUCCUAGUAUUUGUGUCAAGUGUUUUCAAACAACUCAC